AUGGAGCAAGUUGAAGAUGCCGGGCUGGAGGAGCGCCUCAAAUCUGCUCUUUGGUUGUCUAUCGGCAAGAUUGUCGACGAAGAGACGAUGAAACUAGGCGUCAAUGCCACUCCCCAGUUCAUCGGUGCCUUGACUGAGAUGGUUUGGUCACAAAUAGAGACCGUUGGUCAAGACUUGGAGUCCUUUGCCAAACACGCAGGGCGAUCCACGGUGAAUGUUUCAGAUGUGAUGCUUCUUGCCCGCCGCAACGAGGGACUCGAAUCAAUCCUACGCACUUUUGUGGAGCAGGCACGCGAAGCAGAAUCGUGA